AACCUGCCGGAAAGCACCGCCCACAUCUGACGUAAGGAAUCAAGAUGGCAGCCGCCUUGGGAGCAGUGCUCAGGACAGCAGGCAGGUUUGCAGCCGGAGGCCUGAAGGUCGGCACAUCCUGCCACCGUGAGCCGCCUAAAGCCCUCAGCGCUCCUGCCCUUCAGAGACUCUGCUUCUCAACCAGCUCCUCCAGAUGGGCCCCCGCCGUCACUCAGCCGGCCCCCGCCUUUAAGGCCACGGCGGUCCACAACGGGGAGUUCAGAGAGAUGAGCCUGGACGACUUCAAGGGCAAAUACCUGGUCCUGUUCUUCUACCCGCUAGAUUUCACGUUUGUGUGUCCCACAGAGAUCAUCUCCUUCAGUGAUAAGGCCAAUGAGUUCCACGACGUCAACUGUGAGGUGGUGGGUGUGUCUGUGGACUCCCACUUCACCCACCUGGCCUGGACCAACACCCCACGCAAGACUGGCGGUCUUGGACAGAUCCACAUCCCUCUGCUGUCAGACCUCAACAAGCAGAUUUCGCGGGACUACGGGGUUCUGCUGGAGGGUCCAGGCAUCGCACUAAGGGGUCUGUUCAUCAUCGAUCCUCACGGCGUGGUCAGACACAUGAGCGUUAACGACCUUCCCGUGGGCCGCUGCGUGGACGAGACGCUCCGUCUGGUCAAGGCCUUCCAGUUCGUGGAGACCCACGGCGAGGUGUGUCCGGCCAGUUGGACCCCGGAGUCCCCCACGAUUAAACCGAACCCCAGAAGGAUCCAAGGAGUACUUCGAAAGGUCAACUAGAGACGACUCCACUCUUCAGUAAAUGGUACCAGUCGAAAAACGUCAUAUUCACGUUUAGUUUACUGUUCAAAGUUCUAUUUAUUCAACACUGAAUUAUAUGAUUAAUAUAUUCUGUAUAAAUGAGA